AUGGUAGGAUUUGAAGCUGCCAGUAGCAUGCGCCUAGAUACUGCAAAACUGGCAGACGAAUUAUCCCUAAGCAUGUGUCUCCAGGAUAAGGUCUUCUUUACAGCGCUGAUCAAGUCGCUUCCUGCUACCGUCAGCGUACAGAGUGGCGGUAAACCCCCGACGAGCUUCCAAGCCACCAAGACGGGCCUCAACCAUUCCUCGCAGCCUUUCAACGUUCAAAAUGGGGCGGUUAUAGUCACUAUCGGUAGGAAUGGUGCCGCCGCGGUGCAGGGAAGUAGCAGAGCUUUGAUGUCUAGUCCGAGAAGUGGGAAUGCGGAUUACAAUGCUUGGGUUGGAAGCGCACUUGCGUAG